GCUGGCCCCGCCCCCUGUCGGAGUUGGUCUAUGGGGAGAGCGGCCGCUCCUGGCUCACUGUUCUCGGCUGUUCGCUGCCUCUCCUGCCCCCGGUACUGCCUGCUGUCUCCCCCAGCCAGGGACAUGAGCGGUCCCGGUCCGGCCCCCCCUGGCCCUGACACCUACAAAGGCUGGCUCUUCAAAUGGACCAACUACCUGAAGGGCUACCAGAGGCGCUGGUUCGUCCUGAGUAACGGGCUGCUCUCUUACUACAGGACGCAGGCUGAGAUGGCCCACACAUGUCGAGGAACCAUUAAUUUGUCAACCGCUCACAUUGACACAGAAGAUUCCUGUAACAUUGUCCUAUCUAAUGGGGGCCGGACAUACCAUCUCAAAGCAAGCUGUGAGGUGGAGAGGCAGAGAUGGGUUACUGCUUUGGAGUUGGCGAAAGCCAAAGCUAUCCGUAUGAUGAACAACCAGUCAGAUGACUCCGGAGAUGAAGAGCCCAGCUCCCAGUCUGAUAAAAGUGAGCUACACAGCUCCUUGAAGGCUCUAACCAGCAAGUUGGAUGAUCUGAGCACUUGCAAUGACCUCAUCGCUAAACAUGGUGCAGCCCUUCAGCGCUCCCUGAGUGAACUGGAAAAUCUUAAACUGCCAAUAGAGAGUGGGGAGAAGAUUAAAUCUGUGAAUGAAAGGGCAACUCUCUUCCGGAUCACUUCCAAUGCAAUGAUCAAUGCAUGUCGCGAUUUUCUGGAUUUAGCAGAAACACACAGUCGUAAAUGGCAUCGCGCCUUACAAUAUGAACGCGAACAAAGGGUCCGCCUGGAGGAGACAAUCGAACAGCUAGCAAAGCAGCACAAUAGCUUAGAACGGGCCUGCCGUGGAGCCCCGGGCCUUUCAUCCAACAUUGCUGGAGCUCCCGUUACGGCAAAGGGGAGUGUUCAAGCUGCUAAAGGAGAAGCCAGUGAUGAAGAUGAGGAGACAGAGUACUUUGAUGCCAUGGAGGACGCACCAGCCUUUAUUACAGUAACAGCUGACCCCAAACAGCACAGACGAUCGGGAAGCAAUCUCAGCAGCGCUAGUGGAGGUCACUCAGAAGACUGGCAUCUUGAAGACAAUGUAUUCCACAGUUCACAGGACGGCAGUUACUAUGAUUCAAAGCGCAAAGAUCUCCUACUCAAGAAAAGGAGAAGAAUGCGCAUUCCUGACAAACCAAACUAUAGCCUUAAUCUUUGGAGCAUAAUGAAGAACUGCAUUGGAAAAGAAUUAUCCAAGAUUCCUAUGCCUGUGAAUUUCAAUGAGCCGCUCUCCAUGCUCCAGAGGCUCACUGAAGACCUGGAGUACCACGAGCUGCUGGACAAAGCAGCGAAAUGUGAGAAUUCCAUCGAACAGAUGUGUUUUGUGGCAGCUUUCUCUGUGUCUUCCUAUUCCACCACAGUUCACCGGACAGCAAAACCAUUCAAUCCAUUGUUAGGGGAAACAUUUGAACUUGACCGGCUAGAGGAUUUUGGAUACAGGUCUAUAUGUGAACAGGUCAGUCACCACCCACCAGCGGCUGCUCAUCAUGUCAACUCCAAGAAUGGGUGGAAUCUGUGGCAGGAGAUCACCAUUGCCAGUAAAUUCAGGGGAAAAUAUCUUUCCAUAAUGCCACUGGGUGACAUCCACCUAGAGUUUCAGUCCAGCGGUAAUCACUAUGUGUGGAGAAAAGUUACAUCCACUGUGCACAAUAUCAUUGUGGGAAAACUCUGGAUAGACCAGUCUGGAGAUAUAGAGAUUCUCAACUACAAAACCAAGGACAAAUGCCAAAUGAAAUUUACCCCUUACAGCUACUUCUCCAGGGACACUGCUAGAAAGGUCACUGGGGUGGUGUCUGAUGCAAAUGGAAAAGCACAUUAUGUUCUAUCAGGGACCUGGGAUGAGAAGAUUGAGUGUGCAAAGAUUGUGCACAGCAGCCAAGGCAACAGCAGUGCAGAGGGCAAGCAAAAAACCGUCUACCAGACCCUGUCUGCAAAGCUGCUAUGGAAGAAAUACCCUCUGCCAGAAAAUGCAGAGAAUAUGUACUAUUUCUCUGAGCUCGCUCUGACACUCAAUGAGUCUGAGGAUGAUGUGGCCCCAACAGACAGCCGACAUCGGCCAGACCAGCGAUUGAUGGAGAAUGGUAAAUGGGAUGAAGCUAAUGUAGAGAAACAGAGACUGGAGGAGAAGCAGAGAGCUGUUCGCAGGAGGAGAGAAGCAGAAGCAGUAGAAGCGUUGGAAGAAGGUAAUGACUACGAAGGUUAUCAGCCCCUAUGGUUUGAGAGGAAGGUUGACCCAUAUACCGGCGAGCUAAUAUGUAUUUACAAAGGAGGAUACUGGGAAAGCAAAGAAAAACAAGACUGGUCUCGCUGUCCUGAUAUCUUCUGAUCCUUUCUGGGCAGAAGACCUGACUGUACUCCAGCCGCGCACGCAGGUCACAAUGGAUGCAAAGCUUAGGACAGCUUAAAGCUCAGGAGCAAGUGGUGACGGCUGACUUCCAAUGUGAAAAGCGAACAGAAAAAUAAAAAAACAAAACACCAAAACACCUGCCAAAAACAAAUAAUUCUGAACGGGCAAAAUCAGGGGGAAUGCAGGGAUAAAAGCAUAUUUUCUACUGAUAAAGCCUUUUGUUUUACUACAGUGGAGUUUUUUAGCAUCUAAAAGGAUUGGAAAAAUAAGAUUAUUUAUAUUACUCUUUAAUUUGACAUUUGUUUUGUGUUUGUUUUUUUUGGUGGUAGUGGUAGUGGGGGAUACCUGCCUCUUUAAAGCCUUUUCAGUAACUAUAUUAUUUUCAAACGUGAUGCCAAUCCUUUAAAGUACAAUCCCUGGUUUUAAGGGAGCUAUAGGACAUUAAGGUACUCUUAGAAAACGUAUUUAUUUACGCAUAUUAUAUACACAUAUAUAUUCUCAUUAACAAAUCAUGAAUUGUGCAUUUAAUCUAUGGAAAGCGAGAGCAUACUCUAAUAAGUGAAGCAGGGAUCUAUUUAUGCAGCAUAACCUAGCAAAAGGAUCACUGUUUUUAACAUUAUUUUUAUUUUCUAAUUGACUAAUGCACUUUUAGAAACCCAUUUAAAUUAUGUGGGCAAAUCUGACAAUAAAAUGGUUAUGGUCCAUCAGUGUGGGAUAGAUGUUGGUGUCUUCUGGAACAGCACUAUUUGGUAACAAUAGGCUAUGACCACCCCGCCUUACAAGGUAUGAUACUUGCAGGGAGAAUAUCAAACUGCAUUGCCUUGUAGCUUGCCAAUAUUUGAAAAAGAUACUUAGUGUAUGGACGGUUCUGACUAGGGCCGGUGGCAAUGUGAAGGACCAUGCACAUUCAUGACAACCCUUUCCUGACUGGCAGGGAGUGUAUGAAGGCUUCUGCUUUGCUUCCCUGCUUAGGACACCAUGACAUCUUGGUCCAUUCAUGAUGGGCAGUCACAUUGAUGCAUGUCAGUAGGCACCAUGCGAAAAAAUCCACAGAACAGGCAUUUUCAUAUUGUAAGGAAGCAGCACACAAAUUCUAUAGCCCCGAUCUAGAGUUCUUCCUAGCAACACAUUCUGCAUAGUGUAUUGGAAUCUUAUUUGAUGGGUGUUAAAGGCAUUACAAAAGCCAUUACAUUGAGAAUGCCUGACCUAUGACUACGCGAUGCAUGUAGAAAAAUACAGUGUAGCUCACUGUAAAAAUAUGUUCAUUAAGUAGUGCAUCACCUUUUCAUUUUAAUUUUGCUUUUUUUAAAGAUGCAAAAUCUAUUUUAUAUUUUGAAUGGGAUGAAAUUAAAGGCCUUACCUGAACCUGUUUUUAGAUAAUGGUCCCAUAUAAUUGGCUUAGAUGGUAACGGAAUAAAACAAAUGUGUGUUUAAUAGUAAUGUAACGGCACACACUAAGAGAAUGACAUAACCUGUAUAGUACAUUUUCUCUUAGCGUAUUAAAUUCAUUUAUUUUUCCGAGGGAGGGCCUGUAUAUGCCUUUUUAUAUAACCAACGUUAUCUGGGUGUAUUUUCGGACCAGAAAAACUAGGUUGAGUGAUUUUAUUGGGAUUAGAUUCCACACUCUGGUUUAGCAGAACUAAUCUCUCCGUAUUAUUAACCAUAUGGCAGAGAAUUUCCCAAUUCUAAACCACCUCCCAUACAAGGAAGCUUGUUGUUAAUGGACUACAACCCCCAUGAUCCUUGUAGUUUAGCAACUAUUGGAUAGUCAGAGGUUUUUGACAUAUGAGCAUCAAACCGUUUUAGAAACUUUGUUUUACUUAGGUAAACGAGUUUAGCCAGAUUGCCUCUCCUAAUUAAUAUACAGCUACAGAGCCUUAACAUGGCCGUAAUAUGUUUCAGCCCUAAAGUGAUUCAUGUUUGCCAGAGUUGAUUUGGUUCUGGUUCUCAAUGCAAUUAGUAUUAAAUGUAGUACAGCAAAACUUUUUUUUACAGUCCUUUAUUUUCAGUAUAUUCCAAUGUAAUGAAAUAAUAAGUAUAAUAGGAAACAAUAUCUCUCCAUUCUCCAUGUCAAUAAACUAACCUGUAGGAAAACUCCCCUAAUUGCUGCUGGAAGAAUCAGUAGCCUGAUUGAGUAACCUCAAAUUACCCAAAUAAAGUCCACUAAGGGAGAUAGAUGCUUUAUUGUGUAAAUAUGUUAAACAGUCAUGGGGAUAAAGUUAAGCAAAAGAAGAGUAAAGUCACAGGAGUUGGGGAAAAGAGACAGAAAAAGGAUUGACCCUUGUAGGUGAGGUUAACAACAUAAAGGGGCAGAAGCCACAAAUACAACAAUAUAAACCUGCAUUCCAGAUGUUGAGCUAAAGUAUUCAAGUAACAUUAAAGGUCCCCACACUCGGAUAGAAUGAGACUUUGAAUGUAUCCAUGCUGUGAAUUUCUAUUUAUUUUAUUUUUUUUCCCCAAUUCUCACUGCUUUAGAGGUAUGGGUGAUCAUGUCCUUCCAAAGGGGAACUAUCACCUGGAAAACCCACCACAGAUGUAGCAUGGAAUUUAAGCCAUCUCUAGUUUUAAUCAGGGAAAGUGUUGCAUAUUUGAUGGAGGACCUGACGUGUCCUAUACCAUCAAGCUCCUUUAAUACAGUGUUGAUGAAGAUCAUCAAAACUUUCUAGGCAUAAAUGACAUCUGCUUGCAUUCUAGCUAUUUGUGUAGCAAUGACUUCCAGCUGUACACAUGAUAUAAGUAACAUCACAUGCCUGAUUGGCAUAUAUGCCAAUACUGUCUGCGAUUGCUUGGGUAUUAAAAAAAUAAUAAUAAUAGUAUACAAAGUUGCACAACCCAUUUGUAUAUCUUAUAAAGGUAAGUGCUGGAUCCAAGAGAAUGCACUUUAUAAGGGUCGCAAAAAACACUUUUUCUAUUGGUACCCUGUACCAAACAAAAAUAUUUUUGCUUAUUGGUAUCCAUGAUAUAUCAUUUUAGCAUACUGAAAAUUUUACAACUAAAAGUAAGAAUUCCCACAUUUUGAUUGUGGAUUCCUUCUUUACUUUUUUGUAUAGCCUGGAUAUUAAAUACACACAUGUAAAGUUUAGCAGACGACCCACCAAGCAAUAGUUCACCUUACCCAAAAGAUGGCGUAGGUCUGCUUAUGUUGCAGUAUUGCUCUACGUGUGUGUUUUUUUGUUUUGUUUUGUUUUUUAAAGGAAGGGCCUGCCAGCUUUUACAAAGGGCCACCUUCCUUUUGCCACACAAAUAGCAAAACAUGUGGUGUGUUGAUCCUGUAGUUUCCACAUUUAGCAACAAAUCAGGUGUUACAAGAC